UGGCAAUUUGAUUAUCUCGCCUCAUCUUCUUGCCACCUCUUUGAAUUAUAAUGGGGAAUGGAGUGAGCGGAAGCAGAGGUGCUUCAGCACGGAUAAAUAGUGCUGGCCCUUCAAAUACAAAUACUCUUCCAGAGCUAGAACAAGAAGAAGGGGCUAUGAAUCAAAGGGAGGAAGAGAGAGGAGGAGAGAGUAGGUCUGCUCCCGGUCUAGCCCCACCACAAAAGCACCAUGACUUGAUCUCAGCCGCCAUAGAAGAGAUAUCAAGCUUCUUUAGACUCCCGUUCAAUACAGCAACGCUGCUUAGCUCAGCAGUGACUAGAAACCUUAAUUCAAAUGAGGCCAUUGUGAAGAAAGGGGAGACUGUGAGAGGAGUGUGCAUAGUCAUUGAAGGCUGUCUCUCUCAGUUGGAUCCCUCAGGAAAGAAGACACUGUACAACUUGAGACCUGGUGACAUGUUUGGUGAAGUGGAGACGCUGACCAGCUGCGCUGCAGAAGCUGACAUCAUUGCAAAUGAAAAGAGUUGUCUCAUUUGCCUACCAAUGGAAGCUAUCAGAAAUAAAACAAGAGGGAGAGUAAAUGAGAAGAAUAUUAAAGAUUGGUGCAUCGAGAGAUCUUAUUUAAUAUCAAACUAUUUUGACAGACAAGUAAUAGCACUGUCUGUAAUCAUGCUAUCACUUAAAAGUAGCUCUGAUUUAUUUUCCACUUGGUCACAUGAAGCAUUAGAGUAUAUUUCAAGACUAUGUCAGAUAACUGCUUACAGUUCAAAGUCUACAGUUUUUCAGGAAGGAGAGCCAUCAAAUGAUGUCUUUGUUCUAGUGAAAGGAAAACUAGAGAUUGUGGGGAAUAAUAAUGAUAAGGAAGAAAUUGAAGUAAAGAGCACCAAAAAAGCGCAAGCAUUUGGUAUAAAAGAUACAUUUAAGAGACAGUCCAGACAACAAACAGUAAAUGUAAUAGAACCAUCACUUAUAGUCCUAGUAUCUAAAGAUGUCAUCAAACUAUCUCUUAGCAAAUUUCCAAAUGAAAAUAGAUCAUUUAUGGCUAAAGUGCAGACAUAUAGAACAGAUCCAUGAUUCACAGAUGUAAAAAUAAUACAGAUACUAUUGCACAUCACAUUUCUUUGCAUGAACAUUCAUUGUUUUUUUAACAUCUAUAAUUUUUAACCCUUA